AUCCGCUCGUGUCGUUUGAACGCGCCUUGUGGGCUCUUGUUGUUGUUGUGUUAUUGUUAUUGUGGUUGUUUACCAAAUUAGUCUGAUAUCAUAUACCCUGAAAUACAAAUUUAAAUAAGUCGCCCUGCCAUGCGACAAGCUGGACGGACAGCAUUGGCAUUGGUGAGUGCAGCACGUGCCAUGACGCUGUAGGAACGGAGGGGAGUGCCGGAAUUGUGGGAUCUUAUCUAAUAGCUGUGCAGCGGGCUUGGCAAGCACUUGAGAACAUGGAUGCGGACGAAAGCCACAGUGAGGCUCAGAGAAGGCGAUCCACUCCAGUGGAUGCAAAUGGCGAGACCAAUGAACGCGAACAGCCUCUACAGAUCACCUCCAUCGAUGGCUUCUUCAAUCGCAAGCGUGGGCGACCGCCAAAGAACCGUUUCGUCGAGGUCUACAAAAGUACCCAACAGUCUCCCCAAGCCAUAUUUACAAGCUUUAAAUUGGAAAAGAAUGAGUCCGCAGCAAUCGCCGCUGCUGCUGCUGCCCCCCUUUCCCAUAAUGCUGGUGUUGUGACCACAAUGGAGAGAAGCAGCCUCUUGGGCACCUCUCAUGAGCUCCCACAUAGCCGCCGGCUUAGUCGAAAGCGUGGCCCUACAAUAGACCAGACAACAGUGAGCGCCGCAGGACGACAACAUCAGCGAUCCCAGAGGCAACCAACAUUGGGCGUUUUGCCUUCAUCGCCAGCUGCGGGUGCCGGUUGUGAGCGAAAAAGACGUCCAAUGGAUUUGUUGUCUGAACAAGACUCGGCACUUCAACAUUCUACGGAGACAUUGGUAAUGGUACCUGAAGACUCCGAAGCGGUAGCUCCCGCAAUGAUGCACGCGUCCAGCGAGGUGUACGAAAGAGUAUCUGUUGUCCGUGCUGCAGGCACUUUCUAUCCGGAAAACCUGAGUCCAGCAGCCGAAAGUGUUGCCUCCAGUCCCGAACAGCCUGAGGACUUGAGCAUGAAGAACAUAGUGCCAUCGAAAAGGGAAUCUGUCGCAGAUACCCAAGCAAUUCCAACAACAACCUCUGGGCUCUGCAGUGAGCCCGCGGAGAACCUAAAGCUGCUGCAGUUCAAACACCUAUUGAAUCUUUAUCAGCGUCAAGUUCUCCUGCCUGGCUUCCUACGCACACUGCUGCCUCUGCCGAUGCCCCCCAUCGCGGCAGACAGUUCAGUCCCCCUCGACAUGCGCCUGCUCCUCGAGAGCGCUGUCCAACAGAAACAACUGCUCCUCAAUGUGGCCGCAGUGGCUGCCACAGCCACCGCUGCUGCGUCAUCUGCCGCCUCACCUUCGGUGGCAGCCACGUCUCAGGAACAACCUCCGCCGAUCAUAGUUGCACCCCUGGGCGAUACGCCCCCCCGGAAACAACUGCGAGGCAAUGACAUACCCACGGGCUACCUCAAGUUUCGCUUCAACGAGGACUGCCACUUCGAGCGCUGCGGCUAUCGCAACCAUCAGUCGCACUUCCAUUGUAAUCGCAAGGACUGCCACUACAGCUUCUGCGACAGGACGCGCUUCAUGCAGCACACGGCCCGCCACGAGCGCCUGGACACCCUCAUGGGCUCCGACUUCCUUCAGUUUCGCGCCAAUAUGCAGUGCGGUGUGCCCAACUGUUGCUUCGCCAUGCCGAUGGACAAUGUCCACGGACUGGAUGCCGGCACAGCCGCAGCCGGGACGCAGCCUCCGAAGAAGUCCUCACACUUCCAUUGCCGUAAAUGUGAUUAUGUGUGCUGUGACAGCAGCAAGGUCGUGGCGCACCGUCGACUUCACAGUCGGAUGGAGUAUUUACGGUCGGCGGGUUUUCGGAAAAUCGCCCGCUACGAGAACUGUGAGAACCAGGCUUGUUCCUAUGCACUGAGGCAUACGCAUUAUCAUUGUUUAUCCUGCGACUGCAGCGUCCUGUCUCGCGCUCAACUCGCCUCGCAUAAGCACCGGAGUGGUGGGGUCAGUAAUCCGGCAAGUGGCAGUGCCCUGGUCAGUGCUGUGGAUGGUCUGCCCAAGCAGCUUACUCUAGGGUCUGGACUGGAUCUGGAUGCUUAGCAGACACUUGAUUGUCAGCCAAAGGCUAUGAAACAAACGAAGAGAAAUGACUGUAGAGCGAUGUGAAGGGAUGUGGUUGUGGUUGUGGAUGUGGAUGUGGAUGUGCAUGUGAAAGGUUGGGGCAACGAGGGGCUGUAACGGGGCGGGUAGAAAGAAUAAAAUAAUUUUCAUAAAACUAUAUUUAUCGCAAACUACAUACCUACACUUACACCUACACCUAUGUACAUACAUACAUACAUAAGGAUGUAUACGUGUAUAUGUAAUUAUUCCUGCUGUUCUCCUGCUUGCUUCGCAUCUUUCGCAGAAUUACUUUUUCUUGGCCUGUUUGUGUUGCUGUUGCUGUUACUGUUGUUGUUGUUGUUGUUGUUAUUAUUGUCGCUCUUGCGCGCACACAGCACCUCCCAAGCCACCCACUCAGCUCUAAAAGCUCUGGCCAGCCUGCUCCUUUUUUUUUGGGU